GUGCAUUUCAAUAGAGAUGGGUCAUUGAUUGUCUCCAGCAGUUAUGACGGACUCUGUCGAAUCUGGGACACGGCAUCAGGCCAGUGUCUGAAAACGCUUAUUGAUGACGAUAACCCCCCAGUGUCAUUUGUGAAAUUUUCUCCUAAUGGCAAAUACAUCCUGGCUGCAACAUUGGACAAUACUCUGAAGCUGUGGGACUACAGUAAAGGAAAGUGCCUGAAGACAUACACUGGACACAAAAAUGAGAAAUAUUGUAUAUUUGCCAAUUUCUCAGUCACUGGAGGCAAGUGGAUUGUGUCUGGUUCGGAGGACAAUAUGGUGUACAUCUGGAAUCUACAAACCAAGGAGAUUGUGCAGAAACUACAGGGCCAUACAGAUGUCGUUAUUUCAACAGCCUGUCACCCAACAGAAAACAUAGUUGCAUCAGCAGCGCUAGAAAACGACAAAACCAUCAAACUUUGGAGGAGCGACUGCUAAGCCAGAUAGGAGUUUUUUAUUUUUUUUAUUUUAUUAUUUUUCCCCCAACAAGGACUUUAUACAGCAGGAACAUAAUUCAUGAUCCGGGGCUGGCAGCAGUGUGACGAAACAAAGAAAUUCAGUGUGGAGGCAAACAAGGCAAACUGUCUGACUGGAGCAAACAACUUUUUUUUUUUCUUUCUUUCUUUUUCAUUGCCUUAUUUAAAAAAGUGAAUUACAUCUUUUGUGUUUAAUUAAAAACAAAAAAAUGAAAGGGAAUGCUUAACUCUAAAGAACUAUGUCUGUGUAAAAAAGAAAGUUAGCUUCACAAGUGUAAUGCUAAUAGGUAUCUAGAAGUGGGUUUCUUAUUGUAGUUCAGUAACCAGUACUUUCACAUUGCGUCUUCAUACUGUGCUUCUUAUCUAGCUCUAACGCUAGUAAACAAGGGUUCUUCCACUAUACCCAUUUAAAAACAAUUAAAGGUGGCAUUCUUGAUUUGAUUUUUGGAUCCUAAUAAACACCAAGUUGCCAUCUGAUCCAGUCUGCCACCCAAUUCCGACACAAUACAAGGUGGAUUCUCGACAGCCCCAGUAAAGUUAUGGUUUGGCAGAAAUCUGUUUCUUUAAAUUGUUUUGAUUUGAUCAAAGGCCUCAAUGGGUGUCUGCGACAUUGAAACAUGUUGGCUGGUGGGAAAACAGGAAAAAAAACCAAACCACUAAACAGAAGCAAGAUGUCUGUGUACGUGGUGUGCACAUUGGUAAGCGUGCAACACAUUUGGUAUGCAUGUAAAAGAAAAAAAAAAAACAGCGAUGACAUACAGAGAAUCCAGUGGCAUGUUGGAUUUAUUAUUUUACCGGUAUGUGUACAUUGUGUAUUGGGACGGGGUUGACGACAAGAGAAAUAGACUUUUGACCAUUUAUUUCAAUGUCCGGUUACAGAAGGUGGCAGACCCAGUAGGAUGUUUGAACUGCAGUUCUGAUAUUACCUCAUAGUUUCAUGGUGCUGAUGGAUAUUUAGCAUUUAGAUGACUUGAAGCAAAAGGAUUAAACAUGAAAUACGGGGGGUCCAGUGUUUUUUUUAAUCCCUCAAGACACAGUUCCUCUAGAGCAUCCUUGGUACAGUUCUAAGGCCAAACAGAUUGAUAUGUGGUAACUGGAUUAUUUAGCAUGUCACUCUGCUUCUCCUGCUCCCAGUUUACAACCCUUAUUGAUUUUAAAAUCUACUCAUUUUGACAGUGCUUGUACAGUGCAUUUACACUUGGUAUGCCAGUUGGUCCUGGGGUUUCGCACUGUGCACUGCCAGGCAUACCUGGGGUUUUCUUUUUAAAGAGCUGCUUUAAGGUUUAAGCGUGUUUUACUAGGUAGAGACCCCUUUUUUUUCUAGAGCUACUUUUGGAGACUUAUUUUAGACUUGUAUGUAAGCUAUGUAUGUUCCAUUUUGUUAAGAUGAAUAACGUUCAUAAAUAAAUGACACAAAAAAUCCAA